AUCUCAUCCUUGACUCUUUCAUUUUUUGUUUUCUCUCUCUCUCAUCCCAAAUACCUUUGAUCUCUAUCUGUUUAUCCUCAUUUUUUUCUCUCUCUUUUCUUAAUCCAUCCGUUAAAUUUACUCUUCCUUGUUUUCUAUCUGGUAAUCAUCAUCAUUCUCAUCAUCAAUUCUCAAUCUUAGUUGGUCAGCAUAAUAUCAUUUUCACUUGUUUUCUUAUGUAAUCCAAUCAUGAUGACCGAUUCACCAAGAAAUGUUAUCCCUUUUCAGCAACGAACCCGUUUAGAGGAUAUUUAUGAAGAUCUUUGUUAUGUUACUCUUAGAAUUGGUAAAGAUGCUUUAGAAGAAGAUUCAUCUUCCAUUAUUGAUACAACACCAUUGGAGAAUCGUGAUUAUUGUAUAAAAGAACUUAUUGAAACGGAGAAAAAUUAUGUCGAUGCAUUGAACAUGAUUAUUCGACAUUUUGUUAAACCAUUGAAGAAAAUUCUCCAAAUUAAGGAUAGAAAAAUUAUCUUUAACCAUAUCAAAGAGCUUUCCGAUAUUCAUACUAAAUUCCAUAGAGAUUUAUGCCGAUCAACUGUGUCCAGUUCAAGUGGUCAUCGUGUAAGCAGUUGCUUCCUUAAUUGGAAGGAGAAAUUUGUCCUUUAUGGUGAUUAUUGUGCCAAUUUACCUCGAGCUCAAGGUUUAAUUGAUCAACUUUGCUCUGAAUCAACUGUAAUCAAUGAAUGUAUCUCACUACAUGAAAUGGAAGCCAAUGAUGGUAAAUUUAAACUUCGAGAUCUUCUCUCACUUCCCAUGCAACGAAUACUCAAAUAUCAUCUAUUUCUCAAGGAGCUAAUGAAAAAUACCCUAGAAACUCAUGAAGAUUAUUUUGGCCUACAACAAGCCUAUGAAGCAAUGAUUGACAUUGGUGAUUAUAUUAAUGAAGUUAAACGUGAUAGUGAAACUUUACAAAUAAUUGCCGGUAUUCAGAUGAAAAUAAUUGACUUCGAGAUGCCCGAGAAUACUGAACUUAAAGAUUAUGGACGUUUACUGAGAGAUGGUGAGGUUAAGAUUAAGUUUAACGAUAGAUGUUUAAAAAGUCGUUAUGUUUUUGUCUUUGACAAGGUUAUGUUAAUGUGUAAAUCGUUAAAAGGUGAUCAAUUUAGCUAUAAAGAAGCUUUAAUUUUAAGCGAUUUUUCAGUUGACGAUUGUCCACCAGCCAAUACAACGGGAACAAUAAAACAUUUCAAAGAUAAAUGGAGUCACCAUUGGAUGUUAAUUCACAAUCAGGCUCGAUUUAGUUAUACAUUUUAUGUUAAAAGUGAAGAUCUCAAGAGAAAAUGGAUCGAUGCUUUGGAUAAAGCUCAAGAUAAUGUUAAUCCACUCGCUUGCCGAACCGAAGCAACUGAUCAUGUUUUCAUCAUGUUCACCUUUCCAUCACCUACAACUUGUGGUCAUUGUGAUAAACUGUUACCUGGUCUUUUCUUUCAAGGUUAUAAAUGUACAAUAUGUGAGAUAACUGUUCACAAAUCAUGUAUUCCAUUAGUUAAUUCAUGCGGUGAAUUAACUUUACCUCCUAGACCGCCAUUACCCUCAAUAAGUCCCUCCGUGAUAUCGGCCUAUUCAGGGGAAGAUGAAACUUUCCUCCAACAAAAUUCACCGGUUGAUUUUAUCGCUAAAUAUGAUCAUUCCCAUAAUCAAAAUCCCCAACAACCACUACACCAACCCAAUCAACAGCACCAUCAUCAUCAACACCAACACCACCACCAACAACAACAUGGCUUAUCCAAUGGAAACUUAAUCUGGCCUCAAGGUACCAAAGUAAAAGCGAUAACACCAUUCGAUGGUGAACUAAAUCGUAAUGAAUUAUCAUUCUCAACGGGUGACAUCCUUUUAAUUACCAAUCCAAAGCCUGAAAUUGACGAAACUAAUAACGUUAAAUGGUUAGAAGGUGAACUACUUCGAACUGGUGUUGAAGGACUUUUCCCCGCCGAUAAAGUUCAACCAAUUAACCUAAUCAAUCAUUCCCGAUCAAACUCUGAUGAUUCAACAUCAACCACAACAACAACUUUAACCACCAACAAUUCAAACAAUCCCAACAUUAACCAUAGUAAUAAUAACAGUUACACUAGUAAUUCAAAUUCAAAUUUUAAUUCAGAUGAUGGAUUGAUCAAUUCUAAUAACAAUAAUAUCAAUGAGAAUAAUAAUUACGUUAAUUUAAACUUGGAAGAGCACCCGUGGUUUGGUGGGACAAUGGACCGAGAAACGGCUCAAUUGUUAUUGGAAAAAUUACCGAAUACAACAUUUCUCCUUCGAAUUAGUCCAAAGCAACGCGGUAAUUAUGCAAUUAGCUUAAAUUGUAAUGGAAUAGUCAAACAUAUGAGAAUAUGUAAAACACCGGAAGGUCAGUUUUACCUGUCGGAGUUUAAAUUUUUCGACACGGUUGAAGAGCUGGUCAACUGGUAUCAAGAGCGAACCCUGGCCGAAUCGUUUUCUGGUUUAAACUUAAAAUUGGGGAUACCCUAUAAAUCCGUGUUGACGGUAAAUCCAUCUCUUGGUUAUGCGAUCGCUUUGUACAGUUUUACCGGUAAUUCGGCAAAUUUGUUGUCCCUUCGACGCGGCGAUUAUAUCGCCAUUCUAAGUAAAACAGGAGCAGAAAAGGGCUGGUGGAAAGGUCAAAUAGGCCAACGAAUUGGAUAUUUUCCUUUUGCUUAUGUCAGUGAAAUUAAAGACUCGGUAAUUUAAAGUUAAUUCAACCAAUCAAAUCAAUCAAUCAAUUGAACAAUUUAAAGAUGAAACAAUUGAACAAAUAUAAAUACUUCCAGCAUCAUAAAGGUUACAACUGCCAGAGAGUUUCCAACAAGAAGUCAUCGUUUUUUUUAACAAAUCACUAAAUUCUGAUCAUCGACAACUUCAUUCCAGUGAAUAUCAACAAUUGUAAUUAUUUAACUUGAUUGUUUGAUGACAAUUUCCAAUCUUCCAUCAUCAUCAUCUUCAUCUGCCUCUCAUCAUUCUGAUGUCACAAUAAUCGUAAUAUCAUGUAGGAUGAGCACGGAGAUUGAUGGAUAUAAGAAUCAAAAAAAAAAGGUGAAAAAGGAACAAGAAAUUUUAUUUAUUCUUCCCAAAUUCAUUGUAUUAUCUUCAUAGUCAUUUUAUAUAAUAGAGAGGAAAACAAAUUCUAUCAUCAUCAUCAUCAUCUUCAAAUUUAUCUUCAACUCAAUCAACCAAAAUCAAAGAAUCAACAAUUUUCUCAUGAUCAUUUUCCAAUCUCUUCCUAUCAACCAGAAUUGAAACAAUGAGAAUCUUCAUCUUCAUCAAAUAUUAUAUUUACUUUUGAUUGAUUAUUAUGGAAUCGUUAAAAAUUUAUUCUAAAGUCAAUAUAUUAUCAACACAGAUCUUAAUGUUAUCCAAAAAUUUAAUUUAUAAUCAGCUGAUUGCUACUAUUUUUUUUUUGCCUCAUCAAGAAAUAUAUUAACUACUAUUAUCUAGUAACUCGAUUAAUUAAGAUAUUGGAAAAGCUGAAUCUACAAAUCACAAACUCGAAUUUGGAUUGAUCAAAGUUUCGGACAAUGGUCAGCCAAUGGACUUUUACAACAUCGACCAGCCGAUUGACCUGAACCCGUGCGAUCUGAUCUAAAUUAUUAUUAUUGUUUUAACCCAAUUGAUUCCAGUGAACAAAAUGAUUAGAAAACUUUUUUUUCUCGACUGUAAAUUUUUUAUUAUUUAUUUUAAUUAUUACUUAAGCAUUAAUUUUAUAUGUUCAAUUGAACAAUUAGUUUAAUUGGUCAUUCCUUUGACUCACUGGUUAGUUAAUUUAUUAUUCGUCUUAUUAAUCAAUUUUAAUGCUCGAUUUUUGUACAUAUCGUAAAAAAUUAUUUUCUAUUCCCAUUGAUUCAAAUCAUUUACUGUUAACUGAUUAACUUAAUUUGUGAUCCCCUAAAAAUAGAUUAACCUUUUUGUUGUGAUCAAAUUUAACGUAACAAUUUGAUUACUUUAUAUGGAAUCCAAUUAGUGAAAUGACCUUUCAAUUGUAAAAAAAAAUGAAUUAAAUGAAUUGCAAGACAAUUCAAUUGAAAAUCAUGUUGAUGUUUGGCAACAAUUUAUAAAAAGUUA